AUGACAAUGAAGAAGCAGCAGACCGUCAUCCUGUACCCGAGCCCCGGCGUCGGCCACAUCGUCCCCAUGGUGCAGCUCGCCAAGGUCUUCCUCAGGCACGGCUACGACGUGACCAUGGUGAUCGCCGAGCCAGCCGCCAGCUCGCCCGACUUCCGCAUCGUCGACGUCGGCCGCGUCGCUGCCUCCAACCCUGGCAUCACCUUCCACGUCCUCCCCCCGGUCCCGUACGCCGACCUCGCCGUCUCCGGCAAGCACCAUUUCCUCCUCACGCUGCAGGUGCUGCGACGGUACAACGACGAGCUGGAGAGGUUCCUCCGCUCCGUCGUCCCACGCCAGCGCGUGCACUCCCUGGUGGUCGGCAUGUUCUCCACCGACGCGGUCGACGUCGGCGCGAAGCUGGGCGUCCCCGUGUACACGCUCUUCGCCUCGGCCGCCGCCACCCUGGCCGUCGUGGCUCAGCUGCCGUCGUUGCUCUCCGGCAGGCGAGGAGCGGGCCUCAAGGAACUCGGGGACACGCCGCUCCGGUUCCUCGGCGUGCCGCCGUUCCCGGCGUCCCAUCUCGUCAGGGAGCUGCUGGAGCACCCGGACGACGACGAGCUAUGCAGGACCAUGGUGGACGUCUGGACGCGCAGCACGGACGGCAGCGGCGUCCUCGUCAACACGUUCGAGUCGGUGGAGAGCCCGGCCGUGCAGGCGCUGAGGGAUCCCCGGUGCGUCCCCGGCCGCGUGCUGCCCCCGGUCUACUGCGUGGGGCCGCUGGUCAUCGGCGGCGACGGCACGAGCGCCGCAGAAGCGGACCAAGAGCGCGCGGCUGAGAGGAGGCGGCACGAGUGCCUCGCGUGGCUCGACGCGCAGCCGGAGAAGAGCGUCGUGUUCCUCUGCUUCGGAAGCAGAUGCGCGCACUCGGCUGAGCAGCUACGAGACAUCGCCGCUGGCCUCGAUAGGUCUGGGCAGCGGUUCCUGUGGGCUGUGCGGACGCCGCCGGCCGGCACCGACGACGGCGGUUUGGAGAGUCUCGACACGCUGUUUCCAGAGGGGUUCUUGGAGCGGACCAAGGACCGGGGCCUCGUCGUGCGGUCAUGGGCGCCGCAGGUUGAAGUGCUGCGCCACCCGUCGACGGGCGCGUUCGUGACGCACUGCGGAUGGAACUCGACGCUGGAAGCCAUCACGGGGGGUGUGCCGAUGCUGUGCUGGCCGUUCUACGCGGAGCAGCUGAUGAAUAAGGUGUUCGUGACCGAGGGCAUGGGCGUUGGGGUGGAGAUGGAGGGGUACACGACGGGCUUCGUCAAAUCCGAGGAGGUGGAGGCCAAGGUGAGGCUGGUGAUGGAAUCUGAGGAGGGCAGGCGCAUCAGGGUCCGAGCGGCAGCACUCAAGAAUGAAGCAAUAGCAGCGAUGCAGGACGACGGCUCAUCGCAAACCUCGUUUGCCAGGUUCUUGUUUGAUGCAAAGAAUCUUCAUGAACAGCUUGGCUAG